AAAACAUACCUCGCCACCUCACCAUGAUCACUCCAUGGCGUCAUACACACUCAACACCAAACCAAAAUACCAAAAUACCAAAAUCCCCGUACAAUUGCAAUCAAGACUCAUUUAACACAGCGCAAUGUCCAUCUACGAAAACAUCGUCGCAGCGCGCGACCGACACAGCCAGAUCCUCUCCUCGCUCGCAGCCGUCGACCGCGCCCCCGCAGCCCUAAAGUCCCACGACGUAUACCUCUCCGACCUCCGCUCCGAACUCAGCCAAACGAACCGCGAUCUGCAAGAUGUCCGAAAGCAGACUCAUGCCGAGCGCGAGAAACACGCCAGCUUCAGGGACAGUACAGUGCGGCGGCUGAUGUACCGGGCGACGGGGAAGCGCGCGGACUUUGAAGAGCGCGCGGAGAAGGAGAUGAGGGGGUACUAUGGCGCGCUGGAGCGGGAGAAUGAGACGCAGGCGCAGAAGGAGAUGCUUGAGGCGCAGAUUGGCGAGGCUGUCAGUCGGAAGAGGGAGCUUGAGAGGGCGUGUAAUGAGCGGGCGGCGCUGAGUGAUGAGCUUGAGGCUAUGUAUAGGAGUUUAUUCGAGGGUCCGACGGAGGAGUUCCCCGAGGAGGAUGCGCAGGAGCAGGUUACCAAGACAGCGCAGAGACGGUAUGGGGAGCUGAGUGAGCGGCUGGACAAUAUCAACCGGGCGGCGCAGUGUCUGGCCAAGGCGCAGCUGACGAUUAAGCAGGCGCUGCUGGGUCUGUUUGAAGCUGUGCGGCACUGCGAGAGAGAUGUUUGGGGGUUUGGGGGUAUUCUUGCGGAUAUGGGGCAGCAGAAUUGUCUCUCACAGGCGCAGCAGAAGGUCAGCCAGACGCAGAUGCUGGUGAACCAGGCGAUGCGUCUUGAUCACCAUGUGCAGCCGCUGCCGGCGAUGAAUAUAGUGCAGCAUGACAUGAUCAGCGGGCUUAUCUUCGACAAUGCGUUCUACAACAUCAGCUUUCUGAAGAGAGUGCAGGAGUCAUUCAACGAGGUGAAACAGGCCGAGCGCGCCCUGGGGGUGCAAUUGAGACGCACAAAGUCUCGCGCAGCAGACAUGCAGGAGGACGUUGGUGAAGCUACAGCGACUCUCGACAGCGCGCAACAGGAGCUGCGCAGGAUCAGAGAGCAGGCUUUUAUGCAGGCUGCUGAGCCGCCGCCGCCGUAUUCAGAGAAGACGUCUGAAGUUGAAUCAGGGCUGGAAACUGGGUCCCAGGUCUAACAUAGUUAAUAAUUAGGCCACUAUCAUAACUACCCUAACGAGAGCAUAACGUUAUGCCACAACCAUAUAUCCCGUCAACAAUCCCACAAUGUAACAAACAUCAACACUACACAAUCUAAAAUUCCAAGUCUACACUCCGUUACUUUAUUUAAUUUGAAAAUGCAAUCCCUCCUCGCAACCUCCCGCAUGGCCGUCGGCCUCGGCUUCCUCACCAUCCCCAAACACGUCGCAGCCCUCUUCAACAUGCCAUUCAGCCCGGAAGCCUCAAUCGGGUGUCGAAUGGCAGGGUCCCGCGAUAUUAUUCUCGGCGCUCUGCUGUAUACCUGCUAUUCGAAGCAAGGUUACCGCGGUACCGCAGUCGAGAGGCCGAAGAAUGGUGACCAACAUGAACAGCAUGGCUGGACAGAUACGCAGCGCGCGCUGCUCGCUGGUGUAGUAGUCGAUGC